UGUAUAUACUGUGCCAAAGGUGACGUGUAUAUUCCGUCUGGCAUGGAUACGACUGUUUAUUCGUGAUUCGAUAUUUUGUCGUUCUAUUAUCUGUAUUGUACCUAUUGUACGAAAUAUGUUAAAACACGGGAGUAUCUUCGUUAUUUUUUUGUGCGUCCUUAAAUUUGGGACCGGUUUGUAUUUCCACAUUGGCGAGACAGAACGAAAAUGUUUCAUCGAGGAGAUUCCCGAUGAUACUACAGUCAUAGUCAAUUAUAAAGUGGAACUUUAUGAUCCAAAAAGUGGAGGUUUCAUGACAAGUGGUAUUGGUAUGCACGUUGAAGUCAAAGAUCCUGACGACAAGCCUAUUCUCUCGAGAGUUUACAGUUCUGAAGGUCGAAUUUCCUUUACUUCACACACACCGGGAGAACAUGUUAUCUGUUUAUAUUCAAAUAGUACCGCAUGGUUCAGUGGUACUCAAUUGAGAGUACAUUUGGAUAUUCAAGUAGGAGAACACGCAAUUGAUUAUGCCAAUGUUGCACAAAAGGAGAAAUUAUCAGAACUUCAGUUAAGAAUACGCCAAUUAUUAGAUCAAGUCGGACAAAUAACCAAAGAACAAAAUUACCAGAGGUACCGGGAGGAGCGCUUUAGGCAAACAUCAGAAAGCACUCAUCGUCGUGUAUUUUGGUGGUCUUUGACUCAAACUGUUGUUGUUCUAAUUAUGGGUGCAUGGCAAAUGAAGCAUUUGAAGAGCUUUUUUGAAGCAAAGAAAUUAGUUUAAUUGUUGCAGUAAAAUAUUAAUCUUAGACAACAAUAUCUGUUUAAUUAUUUGUAGCUUCAGACAAUUUUCAUCAACAUUUUUUCAAUGCAUCAGUUGCUGACAUUACAUUUAUAUGAAAUUGUUAAUUAUCCUAUAACUAAUAAUUGUGUAAUAUGUAAUGUAACAAUUAUUCGUAAGAAAAAUGAUUGUAGUAUAUAUAGGAACAUUUUAAAUAAUAUAUAAUUC